AACGGAAGCAAGUGGCUGGCCAGCGGAUAUGACAACCGACGACCAGAAAGAUCAAUUUCUACGAGAUUUUAAAGAUCAUGAAGGCAUUCAGUUGGACCGCGAAAAGAUUGAGAACAACCCUGGCAUGAGGGCGCUUGCCAAGUUGUGUUUGAAUAGGUAAUAUCUGCUGUUGCGCGUUUUGUAAACUGAGGCUAACUGGAUUUGUACUUGCAGCUUCUGGGGUCGCCUGGGUAUGCAGGACAACAAGCCGAACACCAAGUACCUAACUUGCCCGCAGGAGUUUUACAAAAUGCUUCUUUCUGGUGAAUUCCACAUCCACUCGUGGGAUAUGUUCAGCGAGGAUGUUCUGCAAGUUGCGUACACCAGGGAAAAGUUAUUUAUUGACCAGAACCCUCAUACGAACGUUGUCUUGGCUGCGUUUACGACAUGCUGGGCCCGGCUCCAUUUAUACGGCUACAUGGAACAAGUCCAAGAUACACUGCUUUACUUCGAUACCGAUUCCAUCAUUUUUGUGGAGAAGCCGGGAGUAUUUGUUCCUCCAACCGGCAAGUUUUUGGGGGACCUAACGGACGAAUUGCAGCCCGAUCAGUAUAUCACUCAGUUUGUCAGUCUCGGUCCCAAGACGUAUUCCUACAAGACUAAUGAUGGGAAAAGUGUCGCCAAAGUCAAAGGUUUUACGCUGAACGGACACACCAGCGAGAGCAUCACGUUCGAGUCAAUGGUUGAUGUUUUGCAUAAGAAAACUGAUUUUCUUGUAGCUGAAUAUCCUGAAUCGAUUCAGCGUGUCAAAAAAUCAAUGGUGUUGCGCCAAGUUGAUUUGUCUAAACGUUUAAGUCUAACAUACGAUAAAAGACGAAUUGUUGGUAAUUGUUACAAUACUCUACCGUAUGGUUACGUGUUGCAGUGAUACCUUAUAACAUUAAAGCAUACGGCAAACA